AAUGUAAGGAGCCUCAGCGGUGACGAGCAAGGAGCUGCGGCGAAGUGGAGCCAAUUCAGCUGCCUUUUGCACGCUCGCAGGGCCACUUCCAUCGGUAUUGAUAGAUUCUCGGGUUCUUUUUCCGUGCUGUCCAAGCGGAACAUCUCUGUCCUGGGUGUGGAUGCUUUUUAACUUCUUUGCAUAUUUAGUAACUGGAUUGGGGUCUCGCAGCUCGUAAGCGAGCGCGCGCGGUCUCAUUUCCAGUGUUUAGGUUCAGAGACUAGGUAGAUUGCCAGGAACCAGUUCUGUUUGUUGAAUUUGGAGCCGUUGUCGUCGUAAAUGGAGGGUCGUACUGUCGCAAUUUUCUAAGUUUUGAUGGCUGGUAAGCUAGUUUCCGUGGAACAAAGGGUUGAGUUUCUUCUCCAGGGGGAUAGUCAUUCGCGUGAGAAUAAGAAGAGGUUUUAGUGGCAGCAUUGUGUAUUGAGAAUAUCAGGCUGCUGCUCGCGUUUAUAGUGAACCCUACAUGAACCAACAAUUUGUCACCAGGUUCGUAUAGCUUUUUCGUUGCUUCGGUAUCAGUGGACAUACCACCUCCAUGUUAUUGCCAUUGGAUUUCAAGCAAUAUUUGGCAUGCUUGAAUGCUCCAUAGGAUCACUAGCUGCGGUGUCUAGUUUUUUUUUUUUUUUUUUUUUUUUUUUUUCUCUCCUGAAGUUUGGGGUGUGGAAUCAAGCAUCCAUGGAAGCUAUGCGCACAACGAGUCUCGCUCGUCCACUGUCAUGGAAAGAUUCCAUUUCAUCAUUCCUGCACAGUGAUUAUGAUACGACGAUGCAAUUGCAACGAGGAAAAUCAGGUCCUGGUCUAUGUGCGGUGGCCCCGAGUGGGUUUGGUUUCGUUGGUUUAAAGGGCAAUUCCAGGAGUAAUCAAUUGUGCCCCAUCUCAAGGCCAAUUAAACGUUUUCCUCAAUGCUGCAUUAGAUCGGCCCUCACUUCACAUUAUUACUUAGGUCCAAGAAGACCUACUAGUGCGCGUGCAAUUGCUGGGAAAUCGGCCCCGUCGAAGCUAUCUGACGACAGUGGGGAGAACCGCAUCCAAGCAAGAGCGAAGAGGUUGCAAGAUGCAGUUGGGCCUAAUAAGACUCUCCUUGAUGCUCAGGCACGUGUGUGCACUGGACCUACACAAACUAGGCCUUUAGAUGAAGCUCAAGCUUACAAAGUGCUCAAUACUGUUCUUCAGUCAGGAAGAGGAGAGCUUCCUGAUUCUGAGAAAGUAUCCAAGGCACAGUUGGGUGCUUUCUUUGGUGCUAUGACAUUACGUGCAAAUUGCUUCCCACCCCCAACUCGAUGGAGUGACGGAGAACGGAAGGCCAUGUCUGAGCUGUGGCCUGCUCUUAGUAAGUGCCUGCCGGAGGAGGUUCUUUUCUUGGCAGAUCCCGAAGGAUCCAUCAUGGGAGAGCCUUCUGAUGUUGGACCAAACUUUUCAGGAAAGUCUCCCCCUGAUGUUCAAUUGGUGAGUGCCUUACGACGAGUCAUGGGAGGAGGCCACCUGGAGCAGGAGGAAUUGGCAAAUUUACUCAGAGGGGUUCUUCCUCUUCAAGGGCCUAAGGGUGAAGUUAGUGAUGCAUUGCUUGCGGCGUUUAUGAUAUGCUCACGUAUGAAUGGGGAAACGGAGGGAGAGCUGAAUGCUUACUGCAUGGCUUUCGAUGAUGAAUUAGACUCGUUGCCAGUUGCAAAAGUGAAGUCAUUGACACAUUAUGGAGAGCCAUAUGAUGGGAACACGCGGUUCUUCCGGAGCUCUCUCUUUGUAGCAGCUGUACGUGCUAGCUAUGGAGAGACUUGCCUUCUGCACGGAGUUGAUUGGAUGCCUCCUAAGGGUGGCGUUACAGAGGAGCAGAUGCUGAAAUACAUGGGUGCUAAUACCUCCUUGACACUCAAAGAAGCAGUGAAACUCCUUGAGGAUAAAGGAGUAGGAUUUGCGUAUAUCAGCCAACGGGAAGCUCGACCGUCAUUGCAUUCUCUGGUGGAUUUAAGGGAACAUAUAAAGAAACGACCACCUAUUGCUACCACCGAAAAAGUGCAACGUUAUAUUAAGGCCACAGGUCGCGAAGCGAUGAUAGCUAGCUUCUAUCACGAGGGCUAUGAAGAUCCUCUCUUAAUGCUUAUACGCAGAAGAGGAGUUAAGGCUGGUCUUGUCGUCAAGGGAGAGGAAGGGGCUUUGUCUCUUACAACGAAAGAUAGGUCACCUGACGCUGUGGUGAAAGGGAGACCAUUAAAUUAUGUGGCUGGAUUCAGGCCUCAAAAAGCCUCUAGUGCUGCCAAUAAUGAUUCAGGAGUUUUGAAGGAAACCUUCACCCUUGAGUUGAAUGCUAGAGAUUAUGGAAUUGCUCCUACAUCUACGCCACGAGUUGAUAGAUCGGUCCGGAAUAUGCAGGUUGAGAAAAACGUAGAGUUGGGGAUGGCAGCGCUUAGAGGAGAAAAGGGACCUGCAUAUGAUCGUAUCGUUCUAAAUGCAGCUGUGGCAGAUCAUCUACUUGGAUGUGAGGGUGCGGAAAGCCCUCUAGAUGCAAUCGAAAGAGCAAAAGAAGCCAUCGACAGUGGGCGGGCAUUGAAUGCGAUAUUGCACUACAUAGACAGAAGUAAAUGGCCAGCCGGCACACCAUCACCAUCGACCACUUGAAGAAACUAAAAUGAACGGAGAUUUAUUGUGUGUUGAUCAAGGAAUGAAACCGACAAACGGAGGAAAAUAGUUGUUAGGUCUUGAAACGAAAUCUGUGACGUCCAUUGUACACUUAGUUUCUAGCAGCCUUCUUAAAGCUGCUACCACCUGACUGCAUGUGGCUAAAGUAAGGAAUGAUACAUGUUCAAUUCCCAUUUGUAGGACAAAAUUUCCUCAUUUACUAAACCUCUGAAUAGGAAUUAAAUAUGUAGCAGAAACUACAUUUUGUGUACCUGUACUAGCAUCGUAACUAAUUUGCAUGCUAGGCAGAUUCGUGGUUGCAAGGACAACGAGUCGAGUGUUGCACAGUGAUGUGGGAGGUUCAAAGCAUGAGCGAUGACUAGAUGCCAUUUUAGUAAAACUUUCAGCAGCUCAACUGCAGAUUACCGCCAA